AUGUCGGAAGAAAUAAAUAACGAAGUGCAGCAGGACUUGACUGGUAAUUUCGAGCAAGACUAUACAGAGACAUGCCGUCGUUUGGGUAUCAAACCAUUCAAUGUAUUGAAAUUCGGUCUACCAUUGCCUCCACUUCCAUAUUACUCGCCUCAAAAUGUGGAUACGACAAAUGUAUCAGUUGCUGAUGAUAUGCGCCGUUCCAAGCUAGAUCUGACUGGAGAUUCCAACUUGCUAGGAAAAUACGGUGGUCGUGCGUCUCAAGAUAGUCAAGCUGUAUCUGCUGAAGAUCAUUAUGUCGAGGCUACUCCAAACAUAAAGUCGAAUCCACCAGGCGGAAUCCACUCAGAUGAAGGUAACCAUGUCAGCGCUACAACCCUCAUUUCGCUACCUGCACGCAGUACAACACAUGCACCAAAAUCGCAUUUGGAAAAGACUAAACGCAGCAUGCCAGAUUUAAGCACGAGCACUACAAAACUACGCCAUUCACGAAUCUUUUCAAUUCCAAAUAUCAAUUAUCAGUCACGAUUUAAAUUUUCCCCUACAAUCGAUGUUGAAUCCAACGAGUAUGAAUAUGAAGAGGAGGUGUACAAGAUUGAAGUGCGAGGAUGGAAAGUCUCCAUACCAACCAUGGAAGCUAUUAAUCUGGCCAUUACGGCAUGUUCCACGAUCACUCAUCUAAAUUUCUGGAAUUGCGGAUUGACAGAGUCGCAUGCUAAUCUAUUGGCGACAGCCAUUCCAACCAUCAAUAUCCGCACGCUCGCUCUUGACCAGAACCCAACAUUAAAAGUAAAUCGAUCCUUGUCUAAUCUCAAUCUGUGGGACAAUCGUAUUACAAAAGACGGCGCGGAAAUACUGGCCGAGUCCCUUCGGUUUGGCUGCAAUUUACAGGUUCUUUCGCUUGGAAAGAAUACAAUUGGAGAUGAGGGUGCUGCUUCGUUUGCCAAGUGCCUUUCAAACUAUUUAUUGACCCAAGAAGAAUUGCAAAAUCGACGCAAACAGCUUGCCGAAAUGGAUCGAUUGCGACAUGAUAUGGAAGAUGAUACUGCAUCUAAAAAAAAGAAUCGAGCAGGCAGAGGCGCUUCGGCAAAACCAUUUGAUGACAAGAAAGACGAUAAGGGGAAAGCUAAACCCAAGCCACUUUCCAAAAAAGGACUGGAUGUUGUUGCUACACAAAGACCCAUCAAAACCCCAGACGACAAGAACAAAAAAAUGGUUUCAAAUGGAACAGACGAUAGAAAGGGAAAGGACAAGAAAUGCGCUUUACCAACAAAAGUCGGAAAAAAGGUUAAAUUGGAAGAUACAAAGGAAGAUAUGGACGAAAACAUGGAGUCUGCUAGCAGUGUUGAGCCAAUGUUUGAAUUUAACGGACAAUGGUAUCUUUUGGGAAAUCGAACCCUAAACAGCCUGAAUCUCUCUCAUAAUGGUAUUGGGAUGUUGGGACUCAAAGCGCUCAGUGACGCAAUUAUUGAACAAGAAACCACCAACGAUCAGUCCCCAGAUGGCUUACUCGGUGUAUUUCGACUCAAUUUACAGUAUAAUUCAAUUGAUGCAGAGUCUGUACAGUACCAGCAACUGGUAUCACUUUUGAACACACGGAACCCAUUUUUUGAAAUAGCCGAUUCUGAAGUAGUGCAAGACGGAGCCAUAAGUGAGCAAAAUGAGAUUGCACAAAGUGACAAUGGCAGUCUUCCUGAUGACACUACUCAGCAAUAA